GAAAAUGAAAAAUUACGCAGCACCUGGAUUUGUCGGAAGUGUGAAAAGGAAACCAUCCAAACCCUUUUCCUCCCAUGUAGGCAUCUUGUGAUGUGCGAUACAUGUGCCGAAUCAUCAGAUUACUGUCUUUACUGUUUCGAAAAAGUUCUUGGAACUGUUAAAACAUUCAAAGUUUAA